CCCUGGGUGGCGGUGACCUGAGCCCCCGCAGCAUCCAGCAUAAAACCCUGACCGGCAGGCUGGAGGGAAAGAGCCUGGGAGCACGAUGGACGAGGCGCGGCCACCCGGAACCAAGCAGCCGGGAUGUAGGGACGAGGGGCUGGAUGGUAACAGCGGUCAGAUAACAAUCUGGACCCUCGGCUGCAGGCUAGGCUUGGGGGUCCAGGAACGAUGUAUGGGCGUGGACAGGCCAAUCCCAAAGCAGGAUUUACAGUCACGAGAGAAAAGGACCAAUCGAAAUCCAGGGGCGGCGGCGGUGGAUGGCUGAUAGGGCCAAUGGGCUGCAAGCGCCGGGUCGGGGCGGAGCCGCGCGGAAUUUCAAAUCGGCUGCGGUGGGCUAGGAGAGAGUGUCUAUCUUCGGGUCCCGAUAUCAAGCGGGAGGACCUAGCGGACAGAGGAAACUGGACCGAGCACAUGGCGUCUCAGUGGCAGGGCAUGAGGACCUCCGUGCGCAGACGAUCACUCCUAAAGGAAGAACAGCUAGAGAAGGAGGUGACCCGCUCUGCUGGGUGUCAUCUGGAGACCGGUCCCUUGGGCUCCCUGUGCAGACAGUUCCAAAGGAGGCUGCCCCUGAGAUCAGUCAGCCUGAACCUCGGUAAUGGCCCCUCCUGGAAACGCCUGCAAAGUCCAGAGCCAGAGCAGCAAGGUCUUCAGGCUGCAGCCCGCUCAGCCAAAAGUGCCUUGGGUGCCAUGUCCCAGAGGAUCCAGGAGUCCUGUCAAAGUGGCACCAAGUGGCUGAUGGAGACACAGGUGAAAGUGAGGAGGAAGCGAGGAGCCCAGAAAGACAGAGGGUCGCCACCACCCAGUCUGAGCCAGAAGAACACUCGGUUGUGUAAGGCCAACCGAGAUGCUAGAGUCGGGGCACACCCUCGCCUCUCUGGCCAGAUGGGUCCACAUGCCCAUCGCCGUCAGCGGCUGAGGAGGGAGGCUACCCUCCGGAGCCCCUGUUCCUCCACAGAACCUCUCUGCUCUCCCAGUGAGUCUGACAGCGACCUAGAGCCUGUGGGAGCUGGAAUCCAGCAUCUUCAGAAACUGUCUCAAAAGCUGGACAAAGCCAUCCAGGCUGAAGAGAGCGGUGACAUGACCGUCUCCCUCAUCCGUGAAUGAGGACAGCAAGCAUCCUACAGGACUGAAAGUCAACCCCCAGCCUCUCGAUUUGGAGAAGGGGACUAUAGUAUGCUACAUGCCCUGCAUUGAGAAGAAGAGGAUGCACAGUGGAACCUCUGUCUUACAGGAAGCCGGCUCUGUCCAACCACCAAGCCACUAGGAUGUCCAUGCCAACUAACCCAUGAACUUCCUGGAGACGGCAUCGGGUUUAUCAGCAUCCCAGGCCACAAGGACUUGACUAACAUGGCGUCCAGAACCCUUCUACUUCAGCCACAUCUGGGCCCACUGGUAACCACUGGCCACAGCCUGAGAAUUAUUUAGGAAGACCUUGAAGAGGUGAUGGGAACUGCUGAUGUUCCCCCGGGGACUCUUGGAUGGAGGCAUACUCAUCGAGUUCUCCAGCCUCACAGCUGCCCAUCCAUAUUAGAAAUGUACCAGAAGAUGCUAGAUAGUUCUGAGUCUUGAAACUAGGACCCAGGCCCUGCAGGAGUCAUCCCACAAACCCUCCCCCUGUAUUCCCAGGGCAGAGAUUCUGGAGGACCCAUUUCCACUGCUUCUCCCCACCCCCAGAGUCCCACAGGAAGAGAGGAGGUAUUUGCAGGAGCUUUGGCUCCUGGGGCCUUCUGAUAAGCUCCGUGUGGGGGCGCUGUGGCGCAGGGAGGGGAACUCUUCCAAAAGUUUCUUCUCUUUGUAAGUUAUUUAAGGCAUCUGCUAUGUCAUUCUAUUAAAAAGAUACCAGUGUGUCAGUUUCGUAGAUCACAUUGUUUCUCAUAAUAAAAGCUCGCUUUUGAUGCUUGA